AUGGCAAAAAGUAGAUUUGAAUAUGUUAGAUCUUUUGAAAGUUUUGAUGCGUGCCUACUGAAUUCUUGGAUUGUUGUUCGUCUGGAUGGCAGAAAUUUUCAUAGAUUUUCUGAUCACCAUCAGUUUGCAAAACCCAAUGAUGACCAGGCUUUAGCAUUGAUGGCAAGAUGUGCCAAGAAUGUUAUGAAAGAUUUCAAUGAUAUCAUUUUGUCUUAUGGGCAAAGUGAUGAAUUUAGUUUUGUCUUUAGAAGGGAAACAGAAGUUUUUCAGAGAAGAUCAAGCAAAUUGUUGAGUACAGUAGUGAGUUUGUUUACUUCCUCAUAUGUGUUCUUCUGGUCAAACCACUUUUCAAAUACACCUCUUCAAUAUCCACCAACAUUUGAUGGUCGAAUCGUUCUCUACCCAACUGAUAAAAAUCUUCGAGAUUACCUGAGCUGGAGGCAAGCUGACUGCCACAUAAACAACCUUCAUAACACUGCUUACUGGAAGUUAGUCAGUGAAGCUGGCAUGUCACCAAAUGAUGCUCAAACUAAAUUAGGGAAAAUGCUUGCCAAUGAUAAAAACGAGAUGUUGUUUAGUCAGUUCAACACAAAUUACAACAACAUUCCAGAACUGUUCAGAAAGGGUACAGUGCUUGUUCGAGAACCUCAGCAGUCCCAACUAAAGAAACAUGAUGAAUUGAAAAAAGAUGAUUCAAAAAUGAAUGGUGAUGAUCAAGACACAAAAGUCAUUACAAACAGUGAUAGCCUUGCCAUUAAAGAUAAACAAAUUUUUUAUAAAAAUAAGUCAACCAUUAUAAAUAUGUUAAACACUGAUAUCAUAGGUAAUAAGUUCUGGUCUGAGAGGCCAUAUUUGUUGACCAGUGAAUAA